GGAAAGAUGGCGGCGCUGUUGGCUGCGCGAAGCGCAGCUGUGUGUGGCGCCGUGCGACGCGGAUCUCGCCGCCUCUCCCAUGUGGCGCAGCUGCCAGAGGUGCACCGGAUGCUGCGGCAGACGUGUCGGGACUUUGCGGAGCGCGAAUUGGCCCCCGUCGCGUCGCAGCUGGACAAGGAGCACACGUACCCAGGCAGACAGGUGCGAGAACUGGGGAAGCUGGGCAUCAUGGCGGUGGAGGUUCCCGAGAGCCUGGGUGGCGCCGGCCUGGACUACCUGGCCUACGGCCUGGCAGUGGAGGAGAUAAGCAGGGGCUGUGCCUCCACGGGGGUCAUCGUCAGCGUCAACAACUCUCUUUACCUGGGACCACUUCUAAAAUUUGGGUCGGAAGAGCAAAAGAAGCAGUGGAUUCCUCCUUUUACCACGGGAGAAAAAGUUGGCUGCUUUGCACUCAGUGAGCCAGGGAAUGGAAGCGAUGCAGGCGCCGCAUCCACUACAGCACAGCUGGACGGGGACGAGUGGGUCCUGAACGGGACCAAAGCUUGGAUCACCAACAGCUGGGAUGCGUCGGCGACCAUCAUCUUCGCCACCACAGACAAGGCCGUCAAACACCAGGGUAUCAGUGCCUUCUUGGUGCCCAUGCCUCACCCAGGCCUCUCUCUGGGCAAGAAGGAGGACAAGCUUGGUAUUCGGGCAUCAUCCACAGCCAACAUUAUUCUGGAAGACUGCCGUGUGCCCAAGGAGAACCUGCUUGGUGGCCUGGGAAUGGGCUUCAAGAUUGCUAUGCAAACCCUGGAUAGCGGACGCAUCGGCAUCGCCUCUCAAGCGUUGGGCAUCGGCCAGGCCGCGCUGGACUGUGCCGCAGACUACGCCCAUAAGAGGACCGCGUUUGGUGCGCCCAUCGCCAAACUGCAGGCGAUCCAGUUCAAACUGGCUGACAUGGCUGUGGCGCUGGAGAGCGCUCGUCUGCUCACCUGGAAGGCAGCGCUGCUGCGGGACGCCAAGCAGCCCUUCACGAAGGAAGCCGCCAUGGCCAAACUGGCCGCAUCGGAGGCCGCAACCUUCAUAUCCCACCAGGCGAUCCAGGUGUUAGGAGGGAUGGGCUACGUCACGGACAUGCCGGCCGAGAGGCACUACCGCGACGCCCGCAUCACAGAGAUCUACGAGGGUACGAGUGAAAUCCAGAGGCUGGUUAUCGGCACCCAGGUUUUGAAGGAAUACCAGGGUUAGCCGAAAGGCGGCGGGAGCUCGGACAGCUUCUCGAGGUCUCGACAACCGCAGCUGCGUCACGGCGCUGGCGACAUCGGUCGCCUGCCGGAAGAUUGUGCCGGAACCAAGCGGAGCACCGCCUUGACGUCGGCGAACCCCGCGGACUCUUCCCGUGUUUGUGGUCUCCGUAGUUUCUUUUUUGCCGCUGUAAUCGGGUCAGUGAAAAUUACUGCUAAGGUCACCUGCUUACCUUCAAUUCAACUUCUUGUUGUGGUUGUUGCCACUAGAGGGCAGCACCACGCUGGGGCCUUAAUAUUGUAAUGGAGGAGCGAUUUGACUGUUUUACAUAAUUUUACAUCGUGCUGAAACGAAAAGUAUGUACGUGCUGAUUUUGUAAAAUACAUUUUCAAAUGAACUUUAAGGGUGCUUUUUUGAAUCACGCUCAAUUUAUUCAUUUUGCUCCGGUACACCUGGACGCUUACACGUGCAGCUAGCUGCCCACAGUUAGUCGUACGACGGACACUCGAUAUGUAAAGCAGGCAGGUGAGAUUGAGAUGUUUGGUUCAUUUUCCAGUGACAGAGUGAAUAAAACAUUUGUAAAUUUUAUAGAAAAUAUAUAUAUGUAAUCUGCGAUCCUUGU